ACGUUUGCGUGCUUGAACAGGGGAUUUACCACUUCCUCUGAAACCUUCUACUUUCCGGUGAAGUGAAAGGCAGAACUGCAUUCAGAUCAGCUUCGAUUAUUCUCAGUGGUCUGACAAGACCUAAAAGGAAAUCACGUGACGAAAAGGAGAACUUAAACGUACUUAUCUGAUAAUCUUGAUUUGACUUAUUUAGGCCUAGUUUAAAGUUCACACAGUCCAGAUCCAAAGGAUGGAGAGUGCAAAUGCCAGUGUCUGUGUUGUCAAUGACAACAUGGUGCCCUUCGCCACAGUCUACAUCCUCAUCUUCCUGAUUGGAAUGGCUGCCAGCCUGGUGGCGCUGUGGGCCUUCAUAACCAGCCGAAGUGCUAAAAAGUGCAUUAAUGUUUACCUCAUCAAUCUUCUAACGUCUGACUUCCUCCUCAUGUUGGCAUUACCUGUCAAGAUUGCCAAAGAUCUGGGCAACGAUUCCAAGAGCUUGACCAUCUUUCACUGCCAAGUGAGUGCGCCGCUCAUCUACAUCAACAUGUACGCGUCUAUCAUCUUUCUAGCUUUUGUCAGCGUGCAGCGCUAUCUCCAGAUCACCCGCAGCUCCAAACUACUACGAUUGCAGGAGGUCGGCUUUGCAGUGCUGAUGUCUUCGGUGGUCUGGUUCCUGGUGCUCUUCAUCAACGUGCCCAACAUGGCCAUCCCUAUUAAAGAAAACAUUAAAGAAGACAAAGUUAGGCUAACAUGUUCAGACCUAAAAGAUAAUUUGGGCAAGCACUGGCAUGCUUUGUCUGUGUUUCUGGGCAUGGCCAUCUUCUUCAACUCCUCUGUAGCGGUGCUGUUGUCCAAUGGAUUGGUCUUGAAGCAACUCUGGGGUCGGCGUAAAUCUGACCCUGAGGAACAGGAUAAUGCCCAACAUGCCUUCAUAAACAUUGCAUUGGUGACCUUGGCAUAUGUGGUGUGCUUCGUGCCUUACCACAUUGUGCGUAUGCCGUACACUUUUACUCAGAUAAAGGUCAUCACAGAAUGUGCAUUAAAGAAGAGUCUCUUCCUGGCUAAAGAGUCGACUCUUCUCCUCGCCAUCCUGCACCUGUGCUUCGACCCAGUGCUGUACUUUGUCACCUGCCGUGCAUUCAGGCAUCAGAUCACAAAGGCCUUUUCAAAGAAAGGCAGUGUUCCGACCACAGACACAGAGUGAUAAUUCAACCGGAGGAGAGUUAUGGACCGAGUACCAGUGCUGAAUGUCAAUGUAGGGUCAAGAAAGAGUUUCUUGAGAAAAACUGGGUAAAGGUAAUGUAGGAAAAUCAAUAAA